AUGGUUGCGCCGGCCGUGCCUGAGCUUUCAGAAGAGAUUCUGUCUGAAUCAAUUGACGCCCGAACCGAAUCCCUCAUCUCCCUGCGCGAGCUUGGCCCCCCUGAUCUCGUCCACCUGCUGAAGCAGGCUACCAGAAACCCUGGUAAACAGCUCGGAGUCUACCAUCAUGUCACCGGUGUCGACGCCUCCUCCUCGGCCAGUCUUGCCGCCUACAUCAACACCCUGACCUAUCGCGAGCACGGCCAGACCGCGCAAACAAAGAUCUCGGAGGGGCUGUACUGCUGUUACAAUGCCUUUUCCCGACUCGACAUGCGGGUGCACGUUACGAUACCUGGUACUGUCGAGAGUUACUGUGUGGAUGAACGGGGUGAGAAGCGCAAGGCGACAGAUGACCUUUGGCUCGAGACCUACCUCUGCAGUGUCCUGAGAGCCUACUCCUACGCCGAUGAUGGAAGUGGAGAAACCAUUCGCAAGAUCAUGGGUGUGCGCAGAUUCAAUCCCGUCACCAAUACUGAAACCGAACACCGUUUCCUCAAUGCCGCUGAGCAGCUCUUCUUUAGAGGCUGGCAGCUCGGUUCCGACUCUGUCGUUCAAGUGCCGAACAAUGUCUCGAACCAUCUGACCGCCGGCCUCCUGAAGUACUUCCAAACGACCGGACGCUAUGCCUCUGGCAUCAACCUCUUUGAGAAACUGAGGGACCAGAAUAUUGAAGUCUCAUCUCUCCUGGCCAAGGUCUUGUUCAUGGGCAACGAGGAGGUUGAGGGCGUUAGAGUGCUCCACAAGGCACUAAAGGAGUCGCCUAUGGACUACGUUAUGCUUGAUACCCAAGCCGAGUUUCUCUUGAAGAAAGCCCAAACUGCCGCCACUCCCGAGCAGAAGGAGGAGAGGCUCCGGUUGGCUCUGGGAUGUGCUGAUCGUAGCACUAUCGCCGCCCCUAGCGAGUUCGGCACUUGGGCAAGGUUGGCACAAGUCUACGUCGCCAUGGAGGACUGGGAGAACGCCCUUACCAUCCUCAACUCCUGUCCGAUGUUUACAUAUCAGGAUAAGGAUGCGCCGCAGAUGCCCGAGCCGAAGGAUGUUCAUCUUCCGACCCUCCCGGAAACCCGACUCGACGAGAUCGAUAGCGAACCCGAGUCGAGAUAUUCCGAACAGGUUGAUGCUAGUCUCCUGAAUCUGCGGGCUGCCGUCUACAAGGGUACAUUCAAGCAAGCCUACAGCAUCCUUACGGAAAUGACGGCAAAGAUUGGCUGGGACCAGCUUCUCAAGAUUCGAAGCACCGUCUUCGUCAUGGAGGAUGAGUACCGUUCUGAAAAGCAGGAUGUGCAGCCUCAGCGCAACCCGAGCAUCGAUGGUCUUCGGGGAACACCAGACCCUACGACAAACGGAGAUCAGUCAGACUCAGACUCGGACUCAGGUGCAGAGACUGAGGCGAAGAAUGAGAAGGAUGAUACCAAACCAGCGGACACCGAGUCGACUGCUGAAACCUUGGCAGCGAAUGGAGAGGCAGAGGGCGAGGCCGUAGAGAAGCCCACUCAUGCGAUAGACCCUGGUGAGCUAAAGGGUGAUGCCGAAAACGGUGCCCAAAACGAUGACCAUCUGUCUAAGUUGAACAACAAGCGGUUGUGUGAGCGUUGGCUGGACAGCCUCUUUAUGGUUCUUUACGAAGACCUGCGUGUCUACACCAUUUGGCGCACGCAGAUGGCCCAGUACCGGGCGCAGUCCAUGCAGUACAAGAAGUCGGCCGAGGAGUGGGAAAUCCUUGGAUCGCUCGCCGAGAGACUCCAGCACACGGAUGAGGCUGUGGAGGCUUACAGAGCUUGCCUCGCCUCUAGGUUCAGCCCCAAGGCCUUGACUGGUAUUCUCAAGGUCUUUGAACAGAACAAGAACACCCGUGAGACGGUCGCAUCUGUUAUCCGACUUGUCACCUGGCAGUACAGGUGGUACUCGGAGUUCUCUCCCGAGCUCCUGCACACGAUUCGGACACUUAUCGAGGAUGAAGGCGCGGUCAAGGUCAGAAGCAUCAUACAGGCUACCAGUUUACCGCAAAACGUUCUUGACCUCACCCAUCAUUACGCUGCUCUUUGCGCCACCUUCCGCAGCAGCGGUACCGAUGGCUAA